CACCAUUACAAAUAUAUUGUUGAAAAUGUGGCAUAAUAUCUUUUCAGAAGUGUGGUCGGUUUUAGGGCUCCAUCUUCUUUAAAUUUAACACCGCCGCCUUAACAGGUAUUUUGCAUUUUUUGCUAACGUUUAACAACACAGGCAGAUAUAUAUAUAUGUAUUUGUGAUAACAAGAACGUGUGCGAGGAGGUCGGCUGCAGCUUUUUUCCCUUUGGAUGUUGUUGAGAAAACCGUCUUUUUAAUCUUUCUAACCUCUCAAAGUAAUAACGCAUCGUUGCUGCAGCAUAUUGGUGCCGACUAUUGGAUUAUAAUCUGAUUAUUGUAGAAUUACUAUGGGAAAGAAGAAAGGCGCAGAAGAUACAGGUCCUGGGGCGGCCUCUGGAAAAGUAAAAUCCAAAGAUAACAAGGAAGCACCCAAGAAGGAAAAAAUGUCAGUUUCUGCAAUGUUGGCCAGCAUGGACAAUAAAAAAUCUGAGAAGCCCAAGGCUUCAACUACUUCCAAACCCAAGAACAAGGCUAAACCUGAUUACACUGAUGGUUUGGAUUUACCCCCUUCGGAUGAUGAAGAUUCUGAAGGGGAAGAGACUUAUAAACCCAGGAGAGGUGGCGUUGAUGGCAAUGAUGGUAAGCCUCUUGAGAUUUCUGUUACGGAUAAGGAACUGAAGAAGCGAGAAAAGAAGGAUCAGUUGGUUGCCUAUGCUGUUGAGGUUGCUAAGCAGGAGGCCUUGAAGGAUGACAGGGAUGCAUUUACUGUUGUUAUCGGAAGCCGUACUGCUGUUCUAGAAGGGGAUGACGAUGCUGAUGCCAAUGUUAAAGAUAUCGCCAUCGAUAGCUUCUCAGUAUCUGCCCGAGGUAAGGAACUUCUAAAGAAUGCCUCUGUUAAAAUUUCUCAUGGAAAGCGUUACGGGCUUGUUGGGCCAAACGGGAAGGGGAAAUCCACUCUGUUAAAGCUCUUAGCAUGGAGGAAGAUUCCUGUGCCCAAAAAUAUUGAUGUACUACUAGUUGAGCAAGAGGUUGUAGGCGAUAAUAGAUCGGCCUUGGAGGCUGUAGUUUCUGCAAAUGAGGAAUUGGUGGAACUACGAAGACAGGUUCAGGCGUUGCAAAACUUGUCUUUGGAAGAUGGGGCGGAUGAUGACAACGACAGUGGUGAAAAGCUGGCAGAGUUGUAUGAAAGAUUACAAGUGAUUGGAUCUGAUGCAGCAGAGUCACAGGCAUCAAAGAUCUUGGCUGGUUUAGGGUUCACAAAAGACAUGCAGGUUCGUCCUACUAAAUCGUUCAGUGGAGGUUGGCGUAUGAGAAUCUCUCUGGCAAGAGCUCUGUUUGUUCAGCCUACCCUUCUUUUACUUGACGAACCUACCAACCAUUUGGAUCUUAGAGCUGUUCUAUGGUUAGAAGAAUAUUUGGGUAGGUGGAAGAAGACACUUGUUGUUGUGUCUCAUGAUCGUGACUUCUUGAACUCAGUCUGUACUGAUAUCAUUCAUCUGCAUGAUGAAAAACUUCAUUUUUACAGAGGCAAUUUUGAUGCUUUUGAGACUGGAUAUGAGCAAAAACGUAAGGAAACCAAUAAGAAAUUUGAGAUAUAUGAGAAACAAAUAAAAGCUGCAAAGCGAAGUGGAAGUAGGACUCAACAAGAGAAAGUCAAGGACCGUGCAAAAUUUACUGCAAACAAGGAGGCAGCAAAGAGCAAGGGGAAGGGAAAGACUGCAGAUGAUGAUGAACAGCCUGCAGAGGCCCCAAGAAGAUGGAGAGAUUACAGUGUGGAGUUUCACUUUCCAGAACCUACAGAACUCACUCCACCUCUUCUCCAACUUAUUGAAGUUAGUUUUAGCUAUCCUGGGAGAGAGGACUUUCGACUUAGCGAUGUUGACGUGGGUAUUGACAUGGGUACACGUGUAGCAAUUAUAGGGCCCAAUGGAGCAGGGAAGUCUACUUUACUCAAUCUCCUUGCUGGCGAUUUGCAACCUUCAGAAGGAGAGGUGAGGAGGAGUCAGAAGCUGAGGAUUGGUAGGUAUUCUCAACAUUUUGUUGACCUGUUGACUAUGGAAGAAACUGCUGUUCAGUAUCUUCUUAGGCUGCAUCCAGAUCAAGAGGGCUUUAGCAAACAGGAGGCAGUGCGUGCAAAACUUGGAAAGUUUGGACUCCCCAGCCAUAAUCAUCUCACACCAAUUGCCAAGCUUUCAGGAGGUCAGAAGGCACGUGUUGUUUUUACUUCAAUCUCAAUGUCUAAGCCCCAUAUUCUUCUGCUGGAUGAACCCACAAAUCACUUAGACAUGCAGAGUAUUGAUGCACUGGGAGAUGCACUAGAAGAGUUUACUGGUGGAGUUGUGCUGGUCAGUCAUGAUUCUAGGCUUAUAUCUCGAGUUUGUGAAGACGAAGAAAAGAGUCAAAUCUGGGUUGUGGAAAAUGGAACAGUAAGGACAUUUCCUGGAACUUUUGAAGAGUACAAGGAAGAGCUUCAGAAAGAGAUCAAAGCAGAGGUUGAUGAGUGAUACACACAUGAAUAGAAAUAUGAAGUUUCUAAUUGUGUUACAACAAUUUUUGUUUUAUAUAUUAUGCCUUUUCUUCUAUGUUUCUUUGAUGGUGCUUGAAGAUGCAUCUUUGAAUUUAACCUAUUCUUCCUGUCGACGACUGUAAGCAUGUUUAUCUGAUUAUUAUCACUCGACAUCACCUAGGGCUUGUUUCUUUCAAAAGUAAAGUUUUGAAUCAGAGUGCUAUUCUUGAAUAUUUCCUUUUGUGUUUUUCCGAGAACCUGAUAAAGCAAUUUAGAGAGUAACACACUUAAUUUCAUUGAA